ACAACAGCAUAUAGAGUACUGAAAUGUGUUUUAAAAAACCCAAAAUGAUACAGCAAUGAUAUGUGAUGGAGAAAUUUGAACUGUGCGCAAAAAUGUUUACCAAAUGCCGCCACCAGAUGUCUCUGCAAUACCGUAAACAAAUUGCGGCGCGAAAUUCAGAUGUUUGACAAAGUCACAGUGACGUGAGUAAGGCAACACCCAGAGAUAAUGUCUGGCUCAGACUCAGACAGGCCUCCUUGUUUCAAGAAGACGUGCAUGUCAAAUAGCCUCAACCGUGCAUCUUCAAGACAAUCGGAAAAAUCUAAAAAACGAUGGGCUGUCUUUCAAUUCACUGGCGAGAUGCCAGGAUUGAUGACAGUACCUGCAUCUUGGGUGAAGACCACAGAGAAAAUGAAAGCUGAAAAAAGCAAGUCGGCUCGAUGCUACCAGCCCAGGAAAGGGAGUGUAGACGAAUUGUCUGUGAGGAAACUUAUUAAAACCUGUCCUGACCCUAAUAUUAAUACCUGGGUGCUGUUACCAGGUCUCUUCAAGGACUAUCAUGAAAGCAUGUCAAAGGCAGACAUCAAUAUCACUGAGAGGUUGGGUACACAAAAUACCACAGAUAGCGAACUUCAAAAAUUGGACCUUCUAGGAAAAAAAAAGCAGCCCAAAGUGUGAAGCUUUGUGAAAUGAAGAAAGGCGGAAAUGGAAAAGACAGAACUAUAUCUGCAUCUAUCCAGAAUGCCUCUUCAAAUGUUGACGUUUCAAGUGAGGAAGAAAUCAGUCCAGUCACCAAGAGUAACUCAUCACCAAAGACACCGAUGCUUUCCAGGAAUCUAAUCUCGAGUGCACGCCUGUCCCAGAUGAGAGGAGCCCAUCGGAUGUUGUUAAGGAUGUGUUUACUCCUACUUCUGCUGGUGCAGCUAGAAGUUUGGUGGAAACGUUCAGCAUGCAACGGAAGGAUGUUCAAACAGUGUUUAGUAACAGAAAGGAUUUGGAGAUAUAUCGCAUGCUGAAGGAUAUAUCAUCUCGAGCAAAAACACUGGAGGAAUAUGUAAAGCACAUCAAAAAUAAACUAAACUCUUCAACAGAAGUUCCUGACAAAAAAUUUUUUGACAAUCCUUUCGAUACUCGUCAAAAAUUUGGUUUUAAAGCCAAUUCACAAAAAGAACUCAUUGAACUUGAAAAGCAAUUUGCUGAAGGAGAAGAUACCAAGAAGAACAGGAGCACUUUGCUGAGAAUCUUCAUGGACUUAGCUCCUAAACCAAAGAAGAAUGAGAAAGGUGCAGUUUUGGGCGUAGUUAGGGCCACCAUGAAACUCUUGGCAGAUGACUUUAUAUGGCAGUAUUUUAGUGCUUUAGGAAGGUCAGGAAUAAAAAAAAUAGCUAUGUGUAAUGUCAUGCCAAAGCUAACGGAUUUGGUUUUAUUAACCCCAAUGAAGUUGUUAUAAGUUGAUCCCAAAGAAGAUAGAUCAGCUCUUUCAACAUAUUUGAAAAAUACUAGCACUAGAGUAGCAGUGAAAAAACAUAGGAUAAAAAGUGCCACUGUGAAUUCAGCAUUCAAGGAAGGAGUUAAUAGGAGUGAAAAUAACCGAGUGGAGGAAGGAAGUUUCUUGCAAUGCAUGGAAAAUUUAGAUUAUGUACUUUCUCCAGAUGAGAUUACUUCAGAAUCUGAGUGAUCUCGUCACUACCAAGUGGAAGUGGAGUAUAUCAGUUUUUUCACUUUUUCAGGAGAGCCAUCUAAAGUUUUUGAACUAAUGUUCCUGUUAACUGCUCAUUUAAUCCUAACUGUAUUAAAAAUAAAUUUGGCACAGAGUUUUGCAAAAGAAUGUAGUAAGAGUAAUAUAAUUUUUAAAAUUCUACUUUUUCUUAUGCUUAGGGGUGUUGAAAUAGAUACACCCUUUUGUCUUUUUACGAACAGUUUUUCAGUUUCAAAACACUAGUUACGCCUUAGUUGUAUCCUUUAAUUCUGUUAGGAGAAGGAUCUGAAUUUACAGAAUUCAUUAGUUAUGCAAAAUAUAUGAUUCUCUUCCAUAUGAGGAUCCCUUCUGUACCCUUCACAUUGUCGUAGAAAUCAAUGUUUUCAUUACUUCAUCACUUAGGCUUUUUUUCAGUGGUUUUAUUCAUUUGUCUGUUUGUUCAUUCACAACAUGGAAAUUGAACUUGUUCUUACUAUUUUUUUCAGAGAUAUUUUGGAAAUGAUUUGGGGAAAUUAUUGCUUGUGUAAACAUUUCAAGAGAAUAGAGAAUAAUAUUUAAAAAGCUAAAUCAUCAUGGAUGCAAUGAAGAUGAAUAAUAGAUAAUUCAUACUUUAUUGCCAAUACUUAUUAAAACUUCCUUGAUGUACAUGAUAGAAUUUAUAAAAGCUGUAUAUAUGUAUUUUUUUAAAGGUGGUUUUUGGGACGUAAAUGCUAUGAAAAGCUAUUUAGUUUAGUGUGGCAAAGAUUUGAAGAAAUUCAUACGCUCUGAACUCUGACAAUUGGUAAGACACUAUUACAAAGUUACAUAAAAUCUCCAUACUUCUUAGAGAUCUGAGGUGGUUCAAUGUGGAGUUUACAAAGCAAUAAAUUGUUUGGGUGAGGCUAGCUGCAUUCGUUGCUUCAGUGUUAUAGAUCUAAAUUGUUUAUUUAAGUGACCUGUCUUGAAAACUUUAUCCAAAGAACACUGUUUUGCACCAUUACCUCUCUCAUAUUUGUCCAAUUAACAGAAUUCCCUCCGUCGUCUAUUUUAAUGGAUAAUAAAUAAGUACCUACUUUUGCCAUGGUCUUAUAAUAAAAAAAAUCAAGAGUGGGCUGGAUGAACAAAAUAAGGAUGUUUUAUCCUUGCUAGUGAUAGGCCUCGAAGAAAAUUGAUGUAAAUCUCCAAAAAUGAAUGCAAGAGCACGGCUAUGAUUAAAAGAUUUUUACUUUGUGCAGAUCACCCAUCCGCAACAGUUUUACACUAGUUUUACACUUUUCACCCCGGCAACAUCAGUUUAUCAAAGUAAAUACUAAAGCAGGUGUAGGUCCUCACUGCAACAAGU